GUUCGUUAUGACGCUCCCUUAACCGUGUGCAUGUAGAUACAACAAGUUUCAGCUGAGCAGGAUUUAUCCUAAAGGAACGCGCGUGGAUUCCUCCAACUACAUGCCGCAGGUCUUCUGGAACGCCGGAUGUCAGCUCGUAGCACUCAACUUUCAGACCAUCGAUCUGUCCAUGCAGCUGAACCUCGGCAUGUACGAGUAUAACGGGAAGAGCGGCUACAGACUCAAACCAGAGUUCAUGAGACGACCGGACAAGCACUUCGACCCCUUCACAGAGAGCACUGUGGACGGCAUCGUAGCCAACACCUUAUCAGUGAAGAUCAUAUCAGGACAGUUUCUGACUGACAAGAAGGUGGGCGUUUAUGUGGAGAUUGACAUGUUUGGACUCCCCGUUGACACGAGACGAAAAGCUUUCAAGACAAAGACGUCCCAGAGCAACGCCAUCAACCCUGUGUGGGACGAGGAGCCCAUCGUCUUCAAAAAAGUGGUUUUGCCCACACUGGCGUCCCUCAGGAUAGCCGUGUAUGAAGAGGGCGGCAAGUUCAUCGGCCAUCGCAUCAUCCCCGUCUCAGCCAUUCGUCCGGGUUAUCGUUACAUCGGAUUGAGAAAUGAAAAGAAUCAAGCACUGACUCUUCCUGCUAUAUUUGUGUAUAUCGAGGUGAAAGACUAUGUUCCUGAUACAUUCGCCGGUAAGAAAUGAAUUACUUUAAUCAUCUGCCACCUGGAACAGCUUUCA